AUGGCGGCGCCAAUGAGGGAGGGCGCGCCGGCCGGCGGAGCUCGCCCCGCGCCCCCCGCGCACCACGCGCACCCCUCGCACCACGCGCACCACGCCAACUUCGAGUACGAUGACAACGAGUGGGACAUCGGCAUAGGAGACCUCAUCAUAGACCUAGAUGCCGACAUAGAGAAGACGGACGAGGCGGACGAGGCGGGCGGCAUGGCGGCGCGCGCCGAGCCGGACGCGCAGCGCACCGCGCUCAAGAUGAAGAUCAAGCGCACCAAGCCCGGCACCAAGAGCUCCGAGGCCAAGCACGAGAUCGUCAAGUCCAACGAGGUCAACGGGGACGCGAAGACGCCCGCCGCGGCCGCCGCGCCCGCCGCCAAGAGGGGCUCCGGCGGCCACCGGCGGGACAAGGCGCGCGACAAGCACCACCACCCUCACGCGCACCCUCACCCGCACCCCCCGCACGACGUGAACGGGGUGCCCAGGGUGCCGCCGCCGCCCAACGCGCCGGGCCCGCCCGCGCCGCCGCCGGCCGCGCUGCCCUCGGCCGCCGCGCACGCGACGCACCCGCCGCACGCGACGCACUCGUCGCCGGCGCAACCCAAGCCCGAGCAGCGCCCGGCCGCGCCGAGACUCGAACCCAAGCCCUCGGCGUCCCCCGCGGCCGCGCCCGCCGCGCCCUCCACGCCGGCGCCCGCUCCGCCCCCCUCGCCCGCGCCGGCCCCCGCGCUGUCGGCCAAGCCUGAACCCGACGACUCCCGGCAGGAGCACAGCAGUCAGCCGCCGACCAAGAAACAAAAAACUGAACCUAAGACCGACUUCACGUUCAUAUUAAACAUGUUGAUAGGACCGCUCCCGUGUAAUGUAACCUCGAUCAUGAUACGUUCAUACUCGUCUGAUAACAUCAGGUCCAGUAUCUCCUCCGCGUCGUCAUCUUAUCCCCACAGCCCACUCUAUGUACACGUAUCUCGUCUCUCUAGCGCGCCACUCACCGCCGUCUAUCUUUAUAUUUGUCUAUUACAGUAA